AGCCGCGCAAGCGUACACUGAAUUUACUCCCUGGUCCCUCAUGCCCCCGCCUCCAACCCCCGUUCUGUCUGCCCAAUACGCAGGCGCGUCUCCUCAAGUGCUUUCCCUACCCCCUCCUCUUUCUCUUCAGUCCGUUCCCCCUCCUCUCCGCAGGUUCAAACUCUUCUCCCGGAGAGUGGCAGCGAUCGUGAGGUCACGUGAUGAGCAUCCUGCUGCCCAACAUGGCGGAGUUCGACACCAUCUCGGAACUGGAGGAGGAAGAAGAAGAAGCAGCAACGUCGUCGUCGUCGUCGCCGUCGUCGUCGUCGUCGUCUGUAUCUGGGCCCGAUGAGGAUGAGGAAGAUGAGGAGGAGGAAGAGGAGGAGGAAGAAGAAGAGGAGGAGGAAGAAGAAGAGGAGGAGGAGGAGGUGCCGCCCCCGCCUCGGGUAGUGAGCGAGGAGCAUCUGCGGAGAUAUGCCCCAGACCCUGUGUUGGUGCGCGGCGCCGGCCACAUCACUGUGUUUGGAUUAAGCAACAAGUUUGAUACGGAAUUUCCCUCAGUUUUGACAGGGAAGGUGGCUCCAGAAGAAUUUAAGACCAGCAUUGGCCGUGUGAACUCAUGUCUGAAAAAGGCUCUCCCAGUCAAUGUGAAAUGGCUACUGUGUGGAUGUCUCUGCUGCUGUUGCACCCUGGGGUGCAGCCUGUGGCCUGUUAUUUGUCUCAACAAAAGAACCAGAAGAUCGAUUCAGAAGUUACUAGAAUGGGAAAAUAACAGAUUAUACCACAAGCUUGCUUUGCACUGGAAGUUGACUAAAAGGAAAUGUGAAACUAGCAAUAUGAUGGAGUAUGUAAUACUAAUAGAAUUCUUACCAAAAUACCCCAUAUUCCGACCCGACUGAGGAGUCUUGUUCCGUCACUUCUGUGUUAUCUGUCAUUUCCUACCCUUAGUGCCUUGUAGAUUAUCUUGGAAUGGAGACAGUCUCCUUUGCUGUGUUCAAUUUAUUCUUUCUAACAGUAGAAUACUCUUCACACUCUUUUAUUUCUGUUGAUUUAAGAAGACAAUUUGCACAUCUUUUUUGUUAUUAAAUGAGGCUUGUGUUUUGCACUCUCAAUUUUUAAAUAAAUACACACAAACAUAUACUAGUAUAUGUAGUUGACAAGAAAAACAUCAGUGCUGGUGUGUAAAGACACAAAACCCUUGUUCUGAGCAUGCUGCCUUAGGAUUUUCACACUCACCAUUUCUAAAUACGCAUCAUUUUCUAGGCUAUUUAAUGCUCUGUAAUCCCUUACUGGACACACCCAAAUACGCUUUUGGUAGCUUUUAGAAAUGGUUUUACUCUGCUUUUAAAGAACAUGCAAUUAAUCGCACUGGUUUCCUCCUGCUGUUUGCUAAAUUGUCACUUAUGUUAGUGGAUAAAAUAUUUAAACUCCUAAAGACUUGUAAAUAUUGUCUCUUUGCAUAAUGUAAAAUGUGGUAUGCCAUGGUUUACAGAAUGUAUUAUUAUUCUUACUGUAUUGCCAACAAUUCCGUGUAGAUUUUAAUAUGAAUGAAGUUUGCAAGCAUCCUUUUGAAUGUAGAGACCUUUAACAUGCUGUUUUGUGGCAAAGCCAAAAUGAGUAUGUUAAAUUUCAGGUGUGGGGCAGGACUGCCCUUCCUAACAAAGUGGAUUACAAUUGAAAUCAUUAGUUCGGAUUUUGUAAAUUACACCUGAGACCAAGAAUCUUAUUUUUUCCAUUUAAUUCACUUUCUCCAUUUAUCCUCCACUCCAUCCCCUAUAAUAUUUGACAUCCAACCCAUCUUAUCACUGUAUUAGCUCUCAUUUCCUUUCCCUUACCUAUCUUUUUACUCCUUUGAAAAUACAUAGAAUUCCACCUUAAAGUGUCUUGAAAGCCAGGAGGUGGUGGCGCAUGCCUUUAAUCCCAGCACUCAGGAGGCUGAGGCAGGUGGAUCUCUGAGUUCAAGUCCAGUCUGGUCUACAGAGUAAGUUCCAGAAUAGCCAGGGCUACACAGAGAAGCUCUCUCUCAAAAAAAGAAAAACAAACAAACAAAAAAGUGGCUUGAGAUUUUGAAUCCUGUGAGGUAUCAAGGCCUCGAUAAAAGCCACAGUUUCUCCUCUUCUGAAGUUCCUCUAUUCUACAUUGAGAAAGAGUACUGAGAAACUGUAUCUACAGACUGCGUAGUAGUUCAGUCAGAGUUGAUAAAAUAUUCUUAACCUUCUGCUUAAGAAUCUUUAAUAAAUAUUUGGAAAUUACCAACAAGGAAAGACAAGUAAAAUUUAGAUACAAUUGUUUUCCAUUUGUAAAUUGGUCACACAUUUUGACUGGGGCAUGCAUCUUUCUCUCUUUUUUAUUUUCACAAUUAAAUUGAGUGAGAUUACCAUUCUGGUUCUACUACAAUUUGAAAUUAUGACAAAAGUUUUAUAUCACAUUAAUUCAACUGCAAGUGAAUGCCUAUAUAUAGGCAUUGUUUGUAAUUUGCAGUGACUGACUUUCAUUCUGUUUGCUUCUACUCCUAACUGCUUUUAAGUAAGUUCAUUCCAGUGAACAGAGGAAUCGUUUCUGAAUACAAGGUCAAGGUUUUUAAAGCCACUUUUAAAAGUUAUGCGCAAUCUGAAAUCUUAGUCCUUGACCAGAGGAGGAGGAAAGACACACAGUUUGAUACGUGCUUCUAAUGGUUUACACAAACACUUUUGGAGCCCCAAUCCCCCAUGUCACCCUGUCAUCCCAAAUCUCUAAGUUUUAAUAUGUUGUGUAUGCCUGCAAAUAUGUUUGCCUACUGCAAAAUUGAAGGUGUAUUUUUAUAGACAAGAAGGAAGUCUCUGAAAAUGCAUACCCAAUGUCUUGUUUUAUAGCUAAGGUCAGGGAAAAACAUACCUGUGUUUUAUGUUCAGCUAGUGUCAUCAGAUUUAUGCUUCAUACUGUGACAUUUUAAUACCAAAAUUUAUUUCUAUCAUAAUACAGAAUCUUUAAUUCUCACUGAUAAAAUCAUUACUUGUGAAUGUCAGCCCUCAGCAAUCUUACAUUUGUCUUGAGCCUUAGAAUUUGACCAAAUAGUGAUCAUAAUUUCUUCUGCCAUGUACAAAUCACACUUCAUUUUGUUCAAAAAAAAAGAAGUGUAAUGAAUUGUUUCCAUGAAACAGGUAUUAAUAUAGGAAUAGGUUAUAUCUGGAGGUGACCAAGUAUAAUUCAAGUUACAAUAGUAUUUGUCAUUAAAAACAUUUACCACAAUAUGUCCAUUCAAUUGGAACCACUCACUCAUAAAUGUGUUAUUUUAUUGUUUGAUAUACUGGUUUACUAAUCAUAGUUUCUUGAACUACCCAGAAAACAAUCUGUCUUUUCUUUUCCUUUCUUUCUUAUGUAACUUUGUUUCACCCUACGUUCCCUUAAAGGAGGGGAUUAGAAUUGGGGUAGUUAAAUGACUCAGCAGAUGCUAAGGUGAUAGAGUUCGCCUUGGUUUCUAAUUCCUCCCCCACCAAACUCUUUUUCUUUUAGCCUCAGGAGAGAGUAUAACUUGUAUUUUUCCAUUGGGUUAGCCAACUAUUUUGUGAAAGUUAUUUUUGAUUGAAAAAAAUAAAUUUUAAUUACUUUGAUACAUAAUGUCCCUUUAUUAAAACUGCCAUGGUAGUUUCUAGAGGGGAAAAAAAGUUUAAAAAUAACAUGUUUUUGCCAAAGCACUUAAAUGUCACCAGGCUUUGAGAUUGCAAAUUAAAAGACUUUUUUCUAAGUCACGUUGUGAAAAACCUGGGGUGAUGGUUUAAUACCUUUAAUCCCAGCACAUGAGAGGCUAAAGCAAGAGAAUUGCCCUGAAUUUGAAGCCAGCCUGGGCUACAGAAUGAGACAUUGUCUGAAAGAAAGAAAAAGAAAAGAAAAGAAAGAAAGAAAGAAAGAAAGAAAGAAAGAAAGAAAGAAAGAAAGAAAGAAAGAAAGAAAGAGAAAGGAGGAAGGAAAAGAAAGAAGCGAGCAUUGGUUUCUGGUACUUCUCAUUUGGUACAAGAUUCUGGUUUAAUAAGUUGAUCCAACUGGUCAUUUUAAAGCUUGUCCAAAAGGCAAGUAGCAUCUAUAUUAUUAAUAAAAAUAUGGGCAAAUGUCACUUGCAGAUGAACUCCAUCUCACACAUGUCCUCUACUCUUUUCCCCUCUUACCCCAUGUUAAUUUAGGAAAGAGAUCAUUGUAACUUUAAAAGUAGAUGGGAAAGUGCCUUGUCUUUUUCAAAGAUAACAUGGUAUGUGGAAGGAAGUAGAAUGAAUGAAGUAGCAGACUAUUAGAGAUUAUUCUUUUCAACUAGGCAUGAUAGCACAAGGUUAUUGUAUAUCUCUUAUUUAAGCCCAUUUACUUAGCUUCCAAUCAUGUGAUAUAUUAAUGACAAAAUACCAUAGAAUAAAACUAUCACUUAUUUAAAAUUACUGUAAUUGUAAUGCUAGUAAGCAUAGAAUUUAACAUGGUUCUGGAAGGACAAUGGUCUUUGAUUAAAGACCCUACCAAAACUCAUGUAAGAAUUGAAUGUCCAUAUUUCUUGUACUAGCAUGACCUGUAAACACUAAUAUCUCAGAAAUUAAACUGUGUUCAUGCCUAGCAUUGCCAUUUUUAAUGAGAGUUAUUGUUGCCUUUGAUAAUUUUAGUAAAGCUCAAUAACAUUUGUAGGCCUAGUAACAAUUAGGUAUUCUCAAAUGUCUGAGACCUUUACAGAUUACCUACCACUUAAAAAUUAAAGCACUACUUGAACAUGAAGACCCCAAACAAUAUUUCAUUUGGAUUUGCUAUAUGUCCUAGGCAAAUAUAGAAAUUAUAUUUAUCUGAUUAAUUGGAACAGUUUACAUAGCAGAAAUAUUUUUCACUAAAUUGAUUAGAAAUAUUCAAGUUCAUUAAAAUUAAGUCCAAUUAUGCCUAUCAAAAUCUGUUUAUUUAAAAAAAAAGAAAAGGAAAAGGUCUAUUUUACAACUAUCAAAUCAUCCAGGUUCCCUUGAGUGGUGAACUGUUGUAAGAUUUUUUUCAUGGUAAAGAAUAAGUUUAUUAAUACUUGUUCAUAUACUUGUGACUAAAAAUAAUUGAAGGAUAUCUGUAUGUCCUUCCAUGUAUGUGUGUGCGAAUGUGUAUGUGUGUAUAUAUGUAUGUGUGUAUGUAAUCCUUAUCUUGCUCCAACAUUUCCUUACCUGAUUCUGAGCCAGCCUUUUUAUUUUGAUGAUGGCAACCUGAGAAUAUGUUCCAUUUUCUGUGAAUUUCGUCAAAGUCAGACUUAAGGAAGAAACAAUCUAUUUAAUAUUGUGGGCCCCAGGCAAGUGACCCAGAUUACGUGUCCAGUGUUUUUUUCAUCUGUAAAAGGAAAGGGUUGAACCUUGAGCUGGCAAAAAAAAAAAAAAGCGAGAGAUGAGCUAACAUGCCAUGAUUGUGAGAAGUCGUGAAAGAUCUUUUCUGUGCAUAGUGUGAGGAUGGUUGUUCUCAGAUCUACACAUGUGGUGGAAACUCAGUGCCUUGCACAUAGUUUGAGUUUAGUUUGCUGGCUGACUACAAGUCAGUGUGUGUUAAUAAAAGCACACUCAAAGAAUCUGAUGCCUGGUAGACCUUAUUCCCUCUGUGCUGACAAAAAGUGAAUGUAGUGUCCCUAGGAAGCGAGGGCUAGGAUCUCUGUGUUUUGUCAUGUGGAAUCUGACUGUGCAGUUGGUAUCCAGGCAAGAAUUGUAGCUGUGACAAGAGCAGACAUAUAAAAGUGUCUGCUUAGAGUAUGUGAAGAGUUGCGUAUUCAAUUUCACAUCUGCUUCUCACCAAGUUCCCUACUCUCAAGCAGGUCUAUUGGAAUGAAUUUCGAAAAUUAGGCGGAAAGGAAAAAGCAUAGAGUUCAACCCCAAGUCGCUUCUGGUUUCAUUCUUAGCUCAGCUGCUUAAUUCCUCUGUACCUAAUGUCCUCAUUGCUGACGUGGGGACGAUAAUCUGGACCUACCUCACAGGGGAAUUGAGGGUCUUUUUCAUGUGUUCAUGUGCUUAGAAACUGACUAAAUGAAGUAUUGGAUUAAAUAAUUAUAUAAUUUCUGAGUGGAUGUUACUUUCAAUCCAUGUUGUUAGGUUUUCUUUCUCGGUAACACCCUAGAGAGUAAGUGUUGCAGUUGGUUUAAUUUUUUCAAUAGUCGCUUUUGUUGCUAAUGCCCUAUUUGUUCAACAUGAGUGAUUGUACUACAUUAAUACUUGAUUUAAGGAGGAAAGCAGGUAGGUGUAAACCAUUGGUUCUCAGCUUGGGGCAGGUAAAGAGCAGCGGAGAGUAUCCUUGAGCCUUUUUCAAGAAUUAUUCAUUCAAAAAUUAACACUAAAGGCCACACUGACCUGUCACAUUCCUUCUAUGCCAGCCAAACAAGACAUGGGAUCACCAUGUGUUUUCCUCAUGUUCUUUCCUGCUGUCUGUCGACAUUGCUGAUCAGAAGCUGUGAACAGAGGUGUGCUUGUAAUUAAUGGAAAUGAGAAAGCUGUCCUUAAGUGUACUUUAAUACAUACUUGAAAAUGGGGAAGGAAUUGAAAGAUCCAUAUAAAGAAAAUGUUGGGUGCCACUUUUAUAAAAACCAAGAUUAUUUGACCUUCUCAAACAUUGUUUCCUAGUCCCUGAAUGAUAGAUAGAGAGAGACAGAGACAGAGAGACAGAGAGGGAGAAGGGGGUUAUCAACUGGAUUGGGCUAUAAAUUCAGAUUAUAAUUUGCCUUCAGUUUUGGUUUGUUUCAGGGUUCUGGAACUGAACUGAUUCAUUGAGACGUGUCCAUUACACAUACAGGAUUGCAAAUGUGCCGUGUUUUAGUGUCAUGUUGGUCUAAAUAACAAUUUCUCAGCCUCUUAAAGUGUGUGUGAAGUCUGUAUGAUAAUCAAGGCAAUAAGUUCUCAAAUGUUCCUUUUACGCCUUAUUUGAUUUGCUUUUAUUUUGGCAUAAUUUUCCUGCUUUUCUGUUUCUAUUGUAAGAAAAUAGUUGGAAAUUGUUUUAAUGCCUGGACUUUGGAACAAGUUACAAAUGUUUGAAAUUAUAUUAUCUACAAGCUAGUUUGCCAUCUUUGGACUAACCACAUACACCUAUGAAUCUCUACUGCAAGAACAGGACAUCCAGAUAGCAACAGAGCUGGCAUUGUUCAAAAAAAAAAAAAACCGGUUGAAAAUGAAAUGACUUCUACAUUUUGGCAGAGGAUUCCUGUUGGGACAGCUUUACCAAAAGAGAAUACUAGUGGAUAUGUCCGUCAAACCAAGAACUUCCAUGCAUCGUGUAGUGUUAUGUAGCCUGUGGAAUGAAUUCCUCUUCCCCCUGGAGUCCAGGAUCGACUCCCCCUCGAAGAACUCAACCUAUAUCCAGCUGUGCCAAAAUGAAGGACACCUGCCUCUGAAACCUUCACUGCUGCUUCUGUCAUUGUUCACUUGUCAGAUAAAAGUUUAUUCUCAGGAUGCAAAAUUCCAAUAAAGUAUAAAACUCUGUUAA